CAUCUAACAAGUGUAACUUUUUAUGUUCAUAUUAAUACUCCACCUACCAAAGUUCUAAGCCUUCAUUCACCCUAGUAAAUCAAAUCAGAUCCUUCACUUCUCACUCUCCCAAUUGCUAGCUAGGGUUCUUCAAGCUUCAAAUUCCAAACAAGAAAUCUUCAUUUCAAGUAAUUGGGGCUAACAACAACAAGGUACAUUAUAAUUAAGGGUUCUUUUCCUUUGCUUCUCUUUUCUUUUUUACUUCGGUUUCAUUUUUGCUGAUAUUAACACUAUGGGGUCAGUGAAAGUAGAUAGGAAAAGAAAAAAAAAGGUAAUUUUAGUGGUGGUCAUGAUUUUGCUGAAUCAUCUAGACAAGCGGAAACAAGAUUUAAGUAUAGAUCUUGCUCUAAGAGUUUUACUUACCAGAAUAUCAUUUACAGGAAUACUACUUACAAGAGUCCUCCACAAAAGAAUUUUAGAAAGCAAAGACAAUUAUCUAGUAGUAGUAGUUCUGACUCUUCUUCUGAGGAGUAUGGUGGUGUUACUAGGAAGAAAUUAUGUUUCUCUAGUAGUAGUUCUGAUGAUUAUGGUGUUGUUUGGAAGAAAAGAUUUCAUGAUCAAAAAGAUAAUUCACGUAAAAGAGUUCAUAAGAGAAGAAAGAUGCGUAAUGAGGACGUAUUUGUGGGGGAUUGUGACUAUCUCAUGUACUUGAAAUUAUGGAACGGGGACAAGGAAAAGGAUAAAGAUGAUAGUGAAAAUGAGGAUUGUGAUCCUAUUGUUGCUGGUGCUGAUAGCGAUGAUGACGAGGAUGACGAAGAAAAUGAAGUUCUUCAUGUGGAUACGGACAGUGAUAUGGUGGACAUGAGUGGUAAUGGGACUGGUGUAGGGAAUGAGCUUACUCCUGAUGAUAGCAAUGACAAGGAUGUCGAAGAAAAUGAGGGUAUUCAAGUCGAUGUGGGCAUGACUGGUGUAGGGAAUGAGCUCAAUCCUGAUAAUAGCAACGAGGAGGAUGUCGAAGAAAAUGAUAAUAUUCAAGUGAAUGUUGGCAUGACUGUUGAUUCAGGUGAUGAAAUUGAUGUGGGGGAUGAGCUAGAUCCUGAGUACAUGAUGUUUUGCGAAAACUUGAGGGAAGAUGGCGAAAUUUACAUCCUAGAGAUGGAGAGGGAGAAGGGGGGCUUUGAGCCAUCAGUACCAUCUAGUUGCACCAAGGGUAAGUCUAUGCCAGUCAAUAAUUUUCACCCACUCCUUGAUGAAUGCAAGCAGGAACUGACAUCUACAGCUGAUGAGGGUUACUGUGAGUUUCUUAAAAUAAUUGGAGUAAUUGAUGGAUCCUUGAUUAUGAGAACAAAUGAUAUUAUUCCGCCAACUGGAAAACACAAGGUUACUUUGUCUGUUCCUGAAAAGUCUUCUAAAGAUGGUCUCCCUUGUAGUAAAAAUCAGCAAUGUGAAGAAGAGAGCAGGGGUACUAUAUCUGAUCCUGGAAAGUUGAGCAAAAAACUGUCACUCCAUUGUGAUUUUGUAUUCCUCUUUGGUUUUUGUCUUGUAUUCUCACUAUGUUGUUUUUCUCUGUAGUUGCUUCCUAACUCUAAGACGGAUGGAGAUGAUCUGGGUGCUGAUUGCUCUCGUUCGGAAUAUAUAAAAAGGCUUGAAGAAUGUAUAAACAUGCCAUAUGAUGAGAAGGAGUUUGCUGAUAAGUGGGAAAUAGCAUCCCGUCGCAAGGAGUGUGAACGAGUUAGUGAAACAGGUGGACAUUCUGUAUCAUAUGCCACUGAGAAAACAACCCGUUCCUAUUUAGAUCUCCACCCUGAUCUUGCAGAAUUGGUUGAUCACGCUUUAGCACGUCUUGAUGGGUGUAGAGCAUUGUUGCUUUUACGUUGCUUAUUCUUCUAUAUUGAGCAUGAGGCCGACGAAGGAACAUUUAUACCGUGGAAAGACCCCUUGUUUGAGAAGAUGUUGUUGGACCCUGUAUAACAAGAAGUGCAGAAUGCUUUUUAGCUGAGGAGAUGUUGUUAAGUAAAGGGGGAAGACAACUUUACCUGACCACGGUAAAACAAUUUUCAAGUUGUAUUACUCUUGGCAGUAAAAUUUCCUUAGUAGGAAAAUAUCUAUAAUUUAAGACCGCCUUAAUCACAGUAUUCCAUUAGUUACUAAUUGACAUAUUGUGUCUGACUUACACUCUCUUUACUCGCGUCUGUUAUCCUCUCUGUUUAUUCUUACUUUUCUGUUAUCUUUCUGUUAAGACACGUGUACCUUUAUUUGUGGUCUGUAUUUCUUGUCUGUUGGUUGGUGGUUAUAUAGACCAACUUUGUGUGUCUGUAAGGUAAGAGAGAUAUUUUUCUAUUUUUCAAUACCAAUGUCAGUUUGGUAUCGGAGCUCUGCUCUUGAUCCAAAUCUGUUCUUCCGCUGUUAUUACUUCUUUUUCUGAUUCA